AUGGCUUACGUCUUAACCGAAACAUCUGCAGGUUAUGCUUUGCUAAAAGCCUCUGACAAGAAGAUUUACAAGUCUUCAUCCCUGAUUCAAGAUCUCAGCUCUUCGGAAAAGGUGUUGAAAGAAUUCAAAAUCGCAGCUUUCUCGAAGUUUUCCUCUGCUGCCAAUGCUUUGGAAGAAGCUAACUCCAUUGUCGAAGGUAAAGUCUCUCCUCAGUUGGAAAAGCUUCUAAGUGAGGCCAAGGCCGAUAAGAAGGCGACCCUUGUGGUUAGCGAGACUAAGCUCGCCAACGCUAUCAACAAGUUAGGUUUGAAUUUUAGCGUCGUUUCUGACGCUGUCACCUUGGACAUUUUCAGAGCGGUCAAGGAGUACUUGCCAGAGUUGUUGCCGGGUCUAUCUGACAAUGAUUUGUCUAAGAUGUCAUUGGGUUUGGCACACUCCAUAGGUCGUCACAAGCUAAAGUUUUCUGCUGAUAAGGUUGACGUAAUGAUCAUCCAAGCAAUCGCUUUGUUGGAUGACUUGGACAAAGAAUUGAACACUUAUGCUAUGAGAUGUAAAGAAUGGUACGGCUGGCAUUUCCCUGAGCUAGCCAAGAUUGUCACCGACUCAGUCGCUUACGCUAGAAUUAUUUUGAAGAUGGGUGUCAGAACCAACGCAGCUGAAACUGAUAUGAGCGAAAUUCUUCCAGAAGAAAUUGAAGAACGUGUCAAGUCUGCUGCUGAGAUCUCUAUGGGUACUGAAAUUACACCAAUUGAUUUGCAAAACAUCAACAGCUUGGCUGAACAAAUUGUUGACUUUGCUGCCUACAGAGAACAACUAUCCAAUUACUUGUCUUCGAGAAUGAAGGCAAUCGCCCCAAAUUUGACCCAACUUGUCGGUGAGCUGGUGGGUGCUAGAUUGAUCGCUCACGCUGGCUCUUUGAUCUCGCUUGCUAAAUCCCCUGCUUCAACCAUUCAAAUCUUGGGUGCAGAGAAGGCCCUUUUCAGAGCUCUUAAGACAAAGCACGACACACCAAAGUACGGUCUACUAUACCAUGCUUCCUUGGUGGGGCAAGCCACCGGUAAGAACAAGGGUAAAAUUGCCAGAGUUUUGGCCGCCAAGGCUGCUGUUUCUCUACGUUAUGACGCCCUCGCCGAAGACAGAGAUGAUUCUGGUGAUGUCGGCUUGGAGGCUAGAGUGAAGGUGGAGAGUAGGCUGUCUCAGCUAGAAGGCAGAGAUCUAAGAACUACUCCAAAAGUUGUCCGUGAAGCCAAGAAGGUGGAAAUUUCAGAAGCUAGAGCCUAUAAUGCUGAUGCCGAUACUGUAACUGCUGUAACAGCCUCUGCUGAUUCUGACGACGAAGAAGUCGAAGAACCAAAGAAGGAAAAGAAGGAAAAGAAGGAAAAGAAAAAGGAAAAGAAGGACAAGAAGAGAAAGAGAGACGAAGAAUCCGACGAAAAGGAGUCCAAGAAGUCCAAAAAGGACAAGAAGGAUAAAAAGGAUAAAAAAAGAAGGAGAAGAAGGAGAAGAAAUAAGGUUUUCCUAACUCCGCAUGACCUUAUUCUGCUGUCAUUAUUAUAUCCGUGUCAUUCGUGUAAAUUAGUUUUUCUUUGA